UUACUAUAGGAUUGAGACCAAAUUAUUGCAUGUUGGGGAGGAACUCCAUAAGGAAACUAUUCCAUUACAGUCAGGAUCUCGUCUAUACCAUUUGCAAGGACUGAAGUCCCACACAUGGUAUGAAGUGAAGAUAUCUUAUCCCGCUUCUGUAUAUUCCGGCCACUUUUUUAUUACAACUGAAGAAAGGUGGUUCAGAGGUGGAGCUAAAUCAAGGGAGAAAGUUACUGAACACUGAAAAAAUAAUUUUCAAGACUGGAAGCUCCGACAUUCUCAAUGAUCAGGAUGGUAUGUUUGUUCUGGUAACAGUGGAGCCUGAGGGGGUUGUUGCAAUGCCCGGAGUGCAGGAAAGAGAAUUCGUCAUGUUUAAUAUAGUUUGUGAUGAACUAUAUUUGGGCAUUCCAGAGAAAGCGUGGUACGUUGUCGUGUUGGCAUUGCUGUGUUUGGGAGUCGCAUUUGUGAUCCCGUUGUUUCUCCCGCCAUAUUUUCUACCAAAGGGUUCAAUGAAGAAAUGUAGACAAUGAGGAUGAAAUUGUUUUGUUUUGAAGAAUUCUUAAUUGAGUAUUAGCCCUGUCCUUCCUUCGCUGAGUUGCUUUUGUGAACUAUACUCAAGUUACUGCUCUCAUGUAUCAUCAAUAUGUAGCCUGAAUAAUAAUGUACGUAGUAAUUAUUAUUGUUGUUAUUAUUCUUAUCAUUAUUAUUCAAAUGAAUAAUAAGAAUAAUG